GACAUAGAUAUGAAAGCCAGAGAACAUACAUGACCCAAAAGUUAAAAAUAUCCCAAUCCACAGUGUUCUGCAUGCUGGCCGAGAGGUUAUAAUAUGCUAGGAAUCCAGUGCAUUGGCAGGAAGACACGGCAAUUCCAAACUGGUAUAAAAGCACCAUAGGGUCAAUAAGAAUGGAGCACAAUCUUACAGACUACUCUCCUGGAAACAAUCAUUUGCCCUGAUCUUUAUACCAUGUUCAUCCUUCCAGGGUUUCUUUCAAUCAGAGCAUUGGUUGUGGCUCUUGCACUCCUCGCUACCGUCCUGACCGCCCCUUUACCUAAGGAUAUGAAUGAGGAACUCAUCGAAAAAAUCAAGCUGGAAGCCAUAGUAAUUAAGGACGAAAUGGACCUCAAUGAGGGAAUGCUGCAAGAGAUACGAAGGCUACUGAAAAUCUUCCCAGCGCCCCUGGAACAGUGCAAAAGAGGCAGCUUCAACCAGGCUGUUUGCUACUCCGAGCUGUCAAAAUCCUUGAAGUCUAUGCACUCCCUCCUUAGUUCUGAACAUCUCUUCACCAAGUUCGAUCUGUCUGAUCUGCUGUUUGACCUGCAAGAAUUUAUUUCCAACAUGGAGGAAAUGAUGAUAAACCAAGGCAUUCCCAUUCCUGACCACGUCCCUCGGACAAUGAGCACUGACAUCACCGAAUUCCAAGAGAAAGCCGGGAUUUUCCUCAUCCUUCAUGACCUCUGCAAUGCCUUAUGUGUAUUCAAAGAGGCACUUGCUGCACAGCGUCAAUAAUGUGAAGUGGUUCAAGGAGUCUUCUGUUUAAUGUUUAAACAGCCUCCAGCAAACCCGAAAGCCAAGGCCUAAAACCUGCGAUUGCUAGAUCUGCAAUACAAAAAUCACAAGUAGUGGAUAUUUCACGUUUUUUAGGAUGCAUUAGGAUAUUAUAUUGAGGGAAAUGGACUUACGUUACUGUCUACUGACUGUUCUUGCAUUUGGAAGUGUCGGUAAAACCAUGACCUUGCAAUGGUCCAGGUGAUGGCCAAAACUGGCCCCUUGGACUUGCAGUAGCAUCAGGUCCUCCAUGUGUUUUGUUGGCUCAAGGACAAUCAUAACCAAAGACCGUCUGCAACCUCAAGUUGUGUCUUCAGUAGAAGAAACCUAAAAGCAACCUGCCGAGCACAUUGGGACUCUCCAAAACCCGUUCUGGUCUUUUGCUUUUCUAGUGGGUAGGAUCCCACGACAUGGUCUUUUUAAUAUUCCCAAACCAACAAUGGAGCAACAACCUGGAAGAC